AUGCCUUACGGAGUCACCUCUCCAGUGGCUGAAGAGUCUCCCGUGUCCAUCUUCAAGCUGAAGAGAAGCUGGGAGGACAUCAAGGCUCUACGCAACUUCCUCGAGGAGAGUAGCUUGCCUCUCGGCGAAGACUCCCAAGCCCUCCAGGACGAAGUGAGCUUGGAGCAAGCCGAAGAGAUCAUUCAGGCCGAUCCCCUCCACGAGACCAAUAGCUACGACAGUGAUCCAGAGUCCGAGCUAGAGUCCGUCGCCUCCGACGACUCCGAGGUCCAGAUCAAAAGAAAAGAAGAGGAAUUUGCGACCUACAGCGUCAGUCACCCCUGGAACAUCGUGGACUACCAUCUGUAUCUCUGCUCGGUUGAACGGGGCAAGGACACCCAUGCUAGACGCAACGGGCUGUUUGUCUAUGAUGGCCUCGACUGCCGUCCCAUGUCAUACCACGAGUUCCUCGACGACCAGGUGUUCGACCCAUGCAACGUCGGCGAUGACCCUCAAUUCCUGUUCGUGGCCCUGCCCAUUGCCGACGCGGGGCCGGCCUUCCGUGGCAGACACUACAUCCUGGGCUUCGACUACAACAAGAAGAGUCUCUUCGCCCGCCACUUCGAGUGGAUCCCAAGCAAGACGGACGACCUGUGGUCGAUCUGGGACCACGGCUUCACCAUGUACAGCGUGGAGAUUGCCGACCUCCUGGCGCUCCUGGACUCCAGUCUGUCGCAGCCGGUGCACGUCAACGUGGGAUUCCUGAGUUCCAGCCCGUACUGUGUGGCGCUGGGCGCGGACGACGACCCGGGCAUGGAGAUCGUCAUCACGAUCCUGUUCUGCCAGUGGAUGCUCGACUUUGCGGAUGCGAUCCUCCAGCCCGACCGCGCGACGCUGGACAAGUACAAGGAGCGGCUGAGCUACUACAUGGACGAGUGUCGGCUCAUCCUGCAGCGGGCGUCGUACCGGGCGUGGUUUGCGUCGCGGGACGGGUACACGCGGGAGAAGUACACGCGCAAUGCAUCGGUUAACAAGUUCAUCAACGACCUGUACACGUUUGACAAAUCGCUGGACAGCGACAGUCUGGACGGGCAGUGGCGCGCUCCUGGCCUGGACACGUGCCAUCGACUUCGGCAGCAGGACCGACGCCGGCGCAGAGAAGCGACCGAGAUGCGGCUGCAGAAUCUGUUCACGAUCCCUGAGGUGGACAGUCCGGUGUCGCUGGCGGAUCCGAUGGCUGAUGCGGAAGAAGAGCGUGAAGCGGUGCAGUUGUCGUUGUCCGAGGGUGGGGCUGACGCAGUGCGUGGGCCUCCUGCGCAUGCUCCCUCACCUGCAGUGCAGCAGCAUUCCGAUGGGGCAGAUUACCAGAACGUGCCGCUGUCGGAGCUGUUGAAACGCACGCUGGAGUUGAUUGAGAAACAACCCGAGUUGGACACUAUGGACCACCGUGGACAGAUGGGAGAGUUGCUGACCGAGAUGCAGGUUGGCAGGGAUGAGUAG